GUACCUCAUGUAACGGCGAUGUUGACGGAAGUGAAACGAACAGCAAUAGAAUUUGCAAAACACGUGUUUACAUUAUGCUAGUUUGAGCUUCUAUAUAUAUAACGUUGCCUGUUAUACAUGUAGAAACAGUUCACCCGACUUUCAUUACAAUAUAUAUUGUUUUAUUUACAAAGCGUUAACGUGCAAUGUCUCGUACAAUGCAGCCAACUUGUGAUUCUCACGUUAGCUCGAUGCUAAACUUGAGCUCUACUGGUUCCACCUUCCGUGUUCUUGUGGGUGUAACUGGUAGUGUUGCAGCAAUGAAGUUACCUUUGUUGGUGUCACAACUUCUCGAAAUACCCGAGAUUGAUGUACGGGUGGUCACCACAGACCAUGCUACCCAUUUUUACAACGUUGCUGAGGUUCCUGUCCAUGUCUACACAGACAAAGAUGAGUGGGAGAUAUUUAAAACCCGCUCAGACCCUGUGCUACACAUAGAACUGAGACGGUGGGCCAACCUGCUGGUCAUUGCUCCACUGGAUGCAAACACACUCGGCAAGAUAGCCAGUGGUAUUUGCGACAACCUUCUGACAUGCAUUGUAAGAGCGUGGGACAUGAGUCGUCCUCUACUCUUUUGUCCUGCCAUGAACACGACUAUGUGGCAGCAUCCGAUCACUGCCCAGCAAGUGGCCACACUUCAGGGCUUUGGCUAUGUGGAGAUCCCCUGCAUUUAUAAGAAGCUGGUCUGUGGAGAUGAAGGCAAAGGUGCAAUGGCAGAGGUGUCAACUAUUGUGGAUGCCAUCCGAAAGUAUCUUCCAAGACCAGCUGAGAAAAUCACAGCACGUUGAUAAACACUGAAAAUGCAAUAUACAGUAUAUCCUACUGUGAAUGUAUAUACUUUUAUAGAAUAAAUAGUUUUCUAUAAUGUGGGCAAGUUGUGGCCUAAUGGUUAGAGAGUCUGACUCGUAAUCAUAAGGUUGUGGGUUCGAGUCUCGGGCCGGCCACGACUGAGGUGCCCUCGAGCAAGGCACCAAACCCCUCAACUGCUCCCCGGGCCCCUCAGCAUAAAUGGCUGCCCACUGCUCCGGGUGUGUGUUCACAGUGUGUGUGUUCACAGUGUGUGUGUUCACAGUGUGUGUGUGCACAGUGUGUGUGUGCACAGUGUGUGUGUUCACUGCUGUGUGUGUGCACUUUGGAUGGGUCAAAUGCAGAGAACGAAUUCUGAGUAUGGGUCACUGUACUUAGCCGUAUGUCACUUCACUCACUUAUAUAAUGUGUGAUUCAAGUUCUUAUAUUAUUUAUAACUUAUAAUUACUUAUAUGUAUUUUAAAAAGACAAAUUUUAAUUAAAAAAAAAAGUGCAAUAAAGUCAUUUAAAAAUGUAACCUUUUUUAAUGAAAUUUGAAAAUAUACCUUUAAACAUUUAUUUAAAUUGUAGGUGAACUCAGUGAUAAGUUUAGUGCAUGUUUUUUGAUCUACCUUUAUUUUACACCCUACAGUGAUGUGUUAGUGAAAUAAGUUUGAUAAAUAUGAACUGAAGCUGCAAUCUCCAGAUAAAGCUUCUUAUUGAAA